AUGCAUACUAGAUCCCCAGACGCUCUCGCCACCCCGCAUCUUGGCGGUCGGUGGGCCGUCAUUUUAUUCAUCUGCACUCUUUUUGCCUUCGUUAUAGAGAGUCAGUUAACGCAAUAUGUGCAAACGAAUCUCGGCUAUCGACAGCCUUUCUUCAUCUUCUAUCUUGUACAUUCAUCGUUCGCCAUAAUUUUCCCUUUGCAUCUUCUGUAUCUUCGCGCUACCACGAACCACUCUACUGUAUCAUUACUCAACGGCCUUGCCAUCGCAAUAACGAACCAUCUCACGCAGGACCAGAAGACCCCGGGCGUCAAAUUUCCUCGUGCAAAAUUCCUGCGCCUCAUUCUCUUCUUGACCUUGGGGAUUACGGUCCCAGCAUUGCUUUGGUUUCUUUCUGUCUCGUUAGCGUCCGUAAGCGAUGUCACUGCUAUAUGGAACACAAACGCCUUCUUCGCAUAUUUAAUUACCGUCAAACUGUUCAACCUAGAAUGGGAAUACAGACGUCUUCUCGCAGUCCUACUCGCGACAUUGGGGACAGUUGCAGUCGUUUACGGCGGCAGCACGGCAUCCCCAGAGAAAGAACCUACAGCUGGGAACCUCGCCGGCAUAUCUCUCAAGCCCACCGCACCCCUGCUAGGCAAUCUUCUCACUCUCGUGGCAUCCUUUGCGUAUGGGCUCUAUCAGGUUCUGUACAAGAUAUACGCCGCCCUUCCGUCCGAUCCUGAAGUUGCGUCUCACCGCACCUACGAGCAGAUCCCAGACGACGACGAGACAGUUAAUACGAUCGAUGGUAAUGUAAAUGUCGACUUGGAAGACGCAGUAUAUCCCCCUCCAUUCGGUCUUCACCCGAACUUGUUGACCUCGCUAAUGGGUUUGUGUACCACAUUUGUGCUGUGGAUCCCAAUUCCUUUCCUGCACUGGACUGGCGCGGAGGUGUUCAGGCUACCGCCUAAUGCUACGGCUGUUCUGACCAUCUUCGGUAUUGCAUUCACUGGCGUCAUUUUCAAUGCUGGCUUUAUGAUUCUUCUAGGCGUAUGGGGUCCCAUUAUCGUUUCUGUCGGAAACCUGUUAACUAUCGUCCUCGUCCUGAUAUCCGACAUCAUCUUCGGCGCUGGUAUGGAAGUCAUCACCUUCUGGAGUUUCGUCGGGUCGGGGGUGAUAGUCAUAGCCUUCGCUGUUCUCGCUUACGAAACGUUUACGAAGAGGCAAUAA